CCGGAAUAAUUAAUUUCCGCGAUCCUAUGACGUAAUAAUUAGUCUAACCCAAAAAAGACUAGCGUCUGGGGUCUCCCGCUUUAUCUCACGUGACACGAGUUUGUUUUUUCUUAUUUUCUUUUUCUUCAACUUCGCAACUUCGUCAACUUCAACGUCAACUUCAACUUCAUCCACUUCGCAUCCCCGUCUUUCGCGGUUUUUCUCUCGCGUUCUGGCGGUUAUUCGAGGGCCAAUCCACUGUCUUUCAUUCGUCUUUCCGGGGAGCUGUGCCUUCCCUUUGUCUGUACGCUCUUAUCGGUCGAGCGGCUUGCUGCAUGCUCCCCCGUAUACAUAGUUACUUAUCCCUGCCUGACCACCUUGCCCUGAGCCUGAGCCUGAACCUGAGCUAGCUUCCCCUCUUUCCAUACAACUGCGUGCAAUUUCAAAGCCUUGCCUCCUUUCGACUUCUUCACUUUUCCCCGGCCCUUUUCUCGAAAAACGUCUGCGGAGACCUUCAGGUGUCCACCUUUCUUGUACCUGUCCCGCAACCGCUCCAUCUCAAUCUCCAGCUCGAAACAACACCCUGCUGUCCGGUUCCUCUUCUACCUCACACGAACCGUCAUUUUCGCUCGCGUGCCAUCUGUCAUCAUGUUGGCGUCGCGUCUGCUUCGAUCCGGCACCUCUCCCUCUCUUCUUCGUCCGUUCAGCACCUCAUGUACCCGAUUGCGUGCCCCCUCCAUCCGAGACAUUACCCCAGACAAUGCCUCAUCGUUUAACACCCGUCAGAAGGAGUUCCGUGAUAAUCUAGAAGCUGCUCGGAAAAGAAAAGCAGAGCAAGACAGUCAGUCGCUUGAUGCUUCUGCCCCUGUUUCUCCUUCCUCUUCCUCCUAUGCCCAAACCCCUCCCACUGCUCAAGAUGCGAGCAAUGCGAGCGGACCUUCCACUGUUGUUGAUGCUGCGUCCUCUCUGGACCGCCAGGCAUUAGGCUCACUAUCAACCCACCGCAUUGUAGGAGAACGGCAACAGGCAGAGAAUAACAACAGUCCAAGCCGUGGCCGUCUUUCCAGUCUUAUUUACGGAACUAAAGAAGGUCAACAGCUAGACAAGGAUAUUGAGCGGUCCUUCUCCGAAGUCUUGGCACGAGGGAAAUAUGUCCAUUCGAUUGUCUUUCACGAGGUCAAGCCGGACAAGGUCGACGAGUAUGUAGGGCUGGUUGGUGAAUGGUAUCCCAAAAUGGCCGGGAUGGAACAGAACAGGGUCAACCUCGUCGGCAGUUGGCGUACUCAAGUCGGAGAUAAUGACACUUUCGUCCAUAUUUGGGAGUACCAGAGAUACACCGGAUAUCACGCAUCUCUUCAUGAGAUUGGUCAGCAGCCCGGUUUCGUUGAGUUCGAUCGUAAACUCAAGUCCCUAAUCAAGAGUAAGAAGACGUCGCUCAUGCAAGAAUUCUCCUUCUGGCCUACUACGCCUCCACGCCGGCUUGGAGGUGUCUUCGAGCUUCGAUCAUACACCCUGCAUCCGGGUAACCUUCUAGAGUGGGAGAGCCACUGGAGACGAGGUCUGGCUGCCAGACGACAGAUCAUGGAAGGAGUCGGUGCAUGGUUCGUGCAGAUUGGCGACCUCAACACUGUCCACCAUCUGUGGCAAUUUGCAGACCUGGAAGAACGAAAGAAGAGACGUGAACAGUCAUGGGAACUCGAAGGCUGGGCUGACACGGUACACAAGACUGUUCCAUUGAUCCAGACGAUGAAGAGCAGGAUCCUUAUCCCAAUGCCAUGGAGCCCUGUCGGUUAAUUCGGCCGCUCGCUGUCGAAACUGCUAGAGAAAUCUACAUGAUGUAUUUGCUCUUCCGUGUGGAUAGGAAGGGGAAUCAAGAAUGAAUAUCGAUUCGUGAUGUCUUCCCGGGAAGGAGAGGGAUGGAAACCAUACAAGAGGCGUCCUGAGGGAGCUUAUUCCUUCCAUCGAACACUGCAGUCAGAAGCAGAUGAAAUGGGAUAGUAGUACACCGAGUUCUGGGUCCUUCUUUUUUAUACAUGUAUAUCUUAGCAUCUUGCCACCAUGAAGUUCAUUUCAGAAUUAUAUAUUAGUAUCAAACCAGCCCAGCAUCCUCUUUUAUAUCUUCGCCUCCGUCUUCCAGUCCAUCUCGAUCUUGUGAUCUGAUAACUUUCCCGCCAGCGCUCGGUCCCUGCCAAGCCGAUCCUGGUCUUGGCAGGUCAACACAAAAAACGUCACUUUUUUUCCUUCUUUUUUUCCGUCGCUCUUCAAUAACACCAA